AUGGCGGCUCCGGAUCGAGAGAGGCAACGGCGCUCAGAGCCACCGAAACCACCGAAGGAAAAAGCCGACGAGCAUGGACAGAUAAAGCUGCCGAAAAAGAAGCUCUACCGCCAACGAGCGCAUGCAAAUCCAUUCUCUGACCACCAAUUGGACUAUCCUAUCAGCCCAGACCAUAUGGAUUGGUCCGACAUGUUCCCUGCGUACAUUAACCCGGAGCCAACGGCUGUCAACCUUUCGGGAUUUAGGAAGCUGGUCAAAGAUGUGGAAAUAGCUGAUAUUGGCUGCGGGUUUGGAGGAUUAUUGGUAGCGCUGGCGCCGCUAAUGCCCGACACCUUGAUGGUUGGCAUGGAAAUUCGGUCCCAAGUGCUCGAGUAUGUGACGGAGCGCAUAAGGGCGCUUCGGUCCAGGCAGCCUCCUCCCGCGGCACCUGAUGCCGCUGCCCAUUCUGCCUUGGGAGAUGGAGAUGCGCUGGAAUCAGUAUCAUCACCGUCAGCUCCAUCAGAUUUACCCGGACAGUCUAAUUUUCAAAACAUAUCUGCCAUCCGCUCGAACACUAUGAAAUUUCUACCGAAUUUCUUCUCUCGCCAUCAGCUUUCAAAAAUAUUCAUAUGUUUUCCUGACCCGCAUUUUAAGGCAAGGAAACACAAGGCGCGGAUUGUCUCGACAUCCCUUAAUGCCGAAUACGCAUAUGUCCUACGGCCCGGCGGAAUGCUAUAUACAAUUACAGAUGUGGAGGAUUUACACUUGUGGAUGGUUUCACACUUUGAUAGCAAACCUGCAGACAACGAUCUGAACUCCCAUGGCAUUGCCGAGCUGUGGGAACGUGUGAGUGAUGAGGAGCUCGCCGCAGAUGACUGUGUCCGAGUGAUGAGGGAGGAAACAGAAGAAGGCAAAAAGGUGACAAGAAACAAUGGGCAGAAAUUUGUGGCAGUUUGGAGGAGGAAGGCCGACCCUGAGUGGCCAUCCUAG